AUGCUUGCCUCUAGACAGGUUCUGGGCAAUGUUACCCGGAGCCGUGCCGUUGCUGGCACCGCCACCGGCAUCCGCCGCCUCGCCACCGUCUCCGACUCUCCGCUGGAUAGAAAGGUCCGCCAGAACAACUGGGAGGAGAAUAAUUUUAUCAACUACAAGAAGAUGUCCGAGAACCUAGCCAUUGUUCGCAGCCGUCUUAACCGCCCCUUGGCCUAUGCCGAGAAGAUCCUCUACUCUCAUUUGGACGACCCCCACGGCCAGGAGAUUGAGCGUGGCAAGUCUUACCUAAAGCUCCGCCCCGAUCGCGUUGCUUGCCAGGAUGCCACCGCUCAAAUGGCUAUUUUGCAGUUCAUGUCUGCUGGUAUGGACGCCGUUGCCAAUCCUAGCACUGUCCACUGUGAUCACUUGAUUGAGGCUCAGGUUGGCGGCAGCAAGGAUCUGGCGCGCGCCAUCGACAUCAACAAGGAAGUUUACGACUUUCUCGCGAGUGCUUGUGCGAAGUACAACAUUGGUUUCUGGAAGCCCGGUUCCGGUAUUAUUCACCAAAUCAUUCUGGAGAACUAUGCCUUCCCUGGCGGUCUUCUCAUUGGUACCGACUCUCACACCCCCAACGGUGGUGGUCUUGGAAUGGCUUGCAUCGGUGUCGGCGGUGCUGACGCCGUCGACGUCAUGGCCAACUUGCCCUGGGAGCUCAAGGCCCCCAAUGUCAUUGGUGUUAAACUGACAGGCGAGCUCUCUGGUUGGACUUCCCCCAAGGACAUUAUUCUCAAAGUUGCCGACAUUCUGACUGUCAAGGGUGGCACUGGUGCCAUCGUCGAGUACCAUGGUCCAGGUGUCAACAACAUCUCCUGCACAGGCAUGGCUACAAUCGCAAAUAUGGGUGCUGAAAUUGGUGCGACAACCUCUGUGUUCCCUUUCAACGACCGCAUGUACGACUACCUUCUCGCCACCAAGCGCAAAGAUAUUGGUGAUUUCGCCCGCACUUACGCUAAGGAGCUCCGCGAGGAUGAGGGUACAGAGUACGACCAGCUCAUUGAGCUCAACCUCUCUGAACUCGAGCCUCACAUCAACGGUCCCUUCACUCCUGAUCUGGGCACGCCCAUCUCCAAAUUCAGUCAGGCUGUCAAGGAGAAUGGCUGGCCUGAGGAGCUCAAGGUCGGCCUCAUCGGUUCAUGCACCAACUCCUCUUACGAGGACAUGUCUCGAGCUGCUUCUAUUGCUCGCGAUGCCCUCAACCAUGGCAUCAAGGCCAAGGCUGCUUUUACCGUCACUCCUGGGUCUGAGCAAAUCCGUGCUACCAUUGCCCGUGAUGGCCAGCUUCAGACUUUCGAAGAGUUUGGCGGUAUUGUUCUCGCCAACGCUUGUGGUCCUUGCAUUGGUCAGUGGGAUCGCACCGACGUGAAGAAAGGUGAGGCCAACUCAAUCCUCUCGUCCUACAACCGUAACUUCACUGGCCGCAACGAUGGCAACCCCGCUACCCACUCCUUUGUCACCUCACCUGAUCUGGUAGUUGCGCUUACCAUCGCCGGCUCCCUGCACUUCAACCCCUUGACCGACAAGCUCAAGGACAAGGAUGGCAACGAGUUCAUGUUGAAGCCUCCCACCGGUAACGGCCUUCCUACUGCCGGCUAUGACCCUGGUAACAACACCUAUCAGGCGCCUCCUAAGGAUCGAUCUACUGUUACUGUUCAGGUUGCUCCUACCUCGGACCGUCUCCAAGUGCUUCAGCCUUUCCAAGCUUGGGACGGCAAGGAUGUCAAGGACAUUCCCAUUCUCAUCAAGGCCCAUGGCAAGACUACCACCGAUCACAUCUCUAUGGCUGGUCCCUGGCUCAAGUACCGUGGCCAUCUUGACAACAUCUCCAACAACAUGUUGAUUGGCGCUAUCAACGAGGCCAACGGUGAGGCCAACAAGGUCAGAAACUUCACCACUGGUGAUUGGGAUGCCGUGCCUGCUGUUGCCCGUGACUACAAGAAGAAGGGCAUCAAGUGGGUUGUCAUUGGUGAUUGGAACUACGGCGAGGGCAGCUCUCGCGAGCAUGCCGCCCUUGAGCCUCGUCACCUUGGCGGUCUUGCCAUCGUUACUCGCAGCUUUGCCCGUAUUCACGAGACCAAUUUGAAGAAGCAGGGCAUGCUUCCUCUUACGUUUGCCGACCCCGCUGACUACGACAAGAUUAAGCCUGAUGACAAGGUCGAUAUCCUCGCUACUCAGCUCGCUGUUGGCAAGCCCAUUACCAUGGUGGUUCACCCCAAGGAUGGCAAGUCUUACGAGGUUUCCCUGCAGCACACUUACAAUGAGGCCCAGAUUGAGUGGUUCAAGAAUGGUAGCGCUCUCAACACCAUGGCUAAGGCCGCUCGCAAGUAA